UUCUUCAAGAAUCACUCGCCAAAACCUUGAAUCUCAUCUACCCUCUAGCUGGCCGCCUCCGAGAUGCCACCACCAUUGAUUGCAACGAUGAAGGUGUUUACUUUAUCGAAGGCCAAACCAACUUAGCCCUCUCUGAUUUCCUUAGCCACCCUGAUUUUGAUCUCAUGGAUCAUUUUUUACCCACCAGUGAUCAUGAAACGAUGACCAUGUCUAAUGGUGCCAUGUUGCUCGUCAAGUUCACUAGCUUCAUUUGUGGAGGUGUUGCUCUAAGUCUUUCCCUUACACACAAGUUAGCGGACCUAUCAAGUCUCGUCACUCUCCUUCAAACCUGGACAAAGAUUUCUCUAGGUGACAAUGAACUAGUCGUACCAGAACUGUUCCUAGGAGCAAACCUUCUGCCAUGCAAACCUGACUUGCCUAACAUGUCUGCCUCAAUCAACAUCAAGGAAGAGAAAUUUUCAAUGAAAAGAUUCGUGUUCAGUGCUACAAAGCUGGCGGAGAUAAAGGCAAGAGUUGAUCCAGAAUUCGAGCAGGUGAUGCAUUGUCACGCUUCGCGGGUUGAGAUGGUGCUUGCAUUGAUCUGGAAGUGCGCUGUGGCUGCUAAGCAGGCAAAGAAUAUGGGAGAAUUCAAGCCAUCUGUGAUGUUCCAAGCAGUGAAUUUACGUCAGAGGAUGAGUCCUCUGUUGCCUGAAAAUGCAAUGGGGAAUUUCAUUUGGCCGUUUAUGUUGGUGGUGAAAGAAGAAAAUGACAUGGAGUUGGUGCAGUUGGUGAUUCAGAUGAGAAAAUCAUUCAACCAUUUCUGCAACAAUGACGUAAAUAAGUUCAAAGGCAAAGAGGGUAUAAUCAAAAUUCUUGAGAAAUUGAAAGAGAGAGAAGAGUUUUUUAAGAAGAUGGGAGACACGAGUGUUUACCGGUGUUCGAGUUGGUGCAAGUUUCCCCUUUAUGAUGCUGAUUUUGGUUGGGGGAAAGCGCUGUGGCAUGUGAGUGUAAACAAGAUGGUGAACAAUACUGUAGCAUUGAUGGACACAAGGUCUCGCGACGAGAUUGAAGUCAUCUUGACAUUGGAUGAGGAAGAGAUGAAAAUUCUCGAGACAAACCAAGAGUUACUCGAAUAUGCUACGAUCAAUCCCAGCAUUAAUUAA